AUGCCGGACUCCUGGGACUUUACCUACCCUUCGCCGCUGGCCGGUUACGAAAACGCCCCGCCGCUUCCUGAGGAGCGGGCCGACGAUGGCAAGAGCUUCCGGAACCCACAAACUGGCGCUCUCAGCAGCGCAUACGAGAAGUUUAUUGAUCCUCUCGACAACGGCAGGCGUGGCGGAUUCGACGUGCACAUCUACUACUUCCAGAACAACGCCGAGCAAUCCCAAUAUGCGCGCGAGCUGUGGGAGCGCGUCCGGCGCGAGUUCCCCGAACUGCGCAUCUACACCUUCUGGGACCGGCCGAUCGGCCCCCACCCGGUCGCCAUGUUCGAGGUGAACCUGUUGACGCCGGCCCAGUUCGGUGCUUUCAUUCCCUGGCUUGCCAUCUGGCGCGGGCCGCUCUCGGUCUUGGUUCAUCCCAACACCACCGAACAGGACGUACCGCAUGCCGAGAGGGAGCUGAGGAACCACACCCAGCGGGCGAUCUGGAUGGGCGAGAGGCUGCCGUUGGAUGUCGGCUUGUUCACGGCGCAGAUUCGGGCACAGCAGAGGGCCGGCGGGACCGCGGAAUCAGCUACAGCAUCGUCUUGA